CCAUUCUACUCAGAAUAAUCAUCUUCAUAUAGGUGAGUGUUGGGACAAAGGGUAUUCAGAAAAGCAUAGGUAGCAUGGGAUUCAAACAUUUUAGUAGGUGUUUUUUGUUAGCACUAUGCAUUCUAAGCCAAGGUUUGGUAAUGGGUGCUCAUGGCUUUGCUUGCAACUGGGGAACGCGUUUAACACAUCCUCUUCCACCUCAAAUAACUGUGAAACUUAUGAGAGACAAUGGAUUCAAGCAAGUGAAGCUAUUUGAGGCUGAUCCUGCUGCUUUGAAGGCUCUUGGAAAUUCUGGCAUUCAAGUAAUGGUUGGCAUACCAAACGACCUCUUAGCUACCCUUGCUGCCAGUGUCGAUGCUGCCAUUGCAUGGGUUAACCAAAACGUAUCCAACUACAUAUCCAAAAAUGGGGUUGAUAUAAGGUACGUUGCUGUGGGAAAUGAAGCAUUUCUGAAAACAUACAAUGGUCGGUUUGUGAAUUCAACUUUUCCAGCAAUCCAGAACAUUCAAGCAGCCCUUAUAAAAGCAGGAUUAGGCAGGCAAGUGAAGGUGACAACCCCUUUAAACGCAGAUGUGUAUCAAAGUGACAGUGGUCUUCCAUCAGGGGGAAACUUCAGGCCAGAUAUUCAUGACCAAAUGAUCUCCAUAAUAAAGUUCCUGAGCCAAAAUGGUGGCCCUCUAACCUUCAACAUCUACCCAUUCCUCAGCCUUGAUGCUGAUCCUCACUUCCCAAAAGAGUUUGCGUUCUUUGAUGGCUCAGCUGCCCCUGUGGUUGAUGGCUCCAUAACUUACACCAAUGUGUUUGAUGCAAACUAUGACACACUCAUCACAGCACUUGAGAAGAAUGGUUUUGGCCAAAUGCCUGUCAUAAUUGGAGAGGUUGGGUGGCCAACAGAUGGAACAGCCAGUGCCAACAUAAAGAAUGCUCAAAGGUUCAACCAAGGCCUAAUCGAUCGCAUUGUGAAAAGGCAAGGAAGUCCCAAAAGACCAACCCCACCUGAUAUCUACUUGUUUGGAUUCAUCGAUGAGGAUGCCAAGAGCAUUGAGCCUGGCCCUUUUGAAAGGCACUGGGGUGUCUUCAACUUUGAUGGUUCCAUCAAAUACCCCUUAAAUCUUGGUGGCGGAAAACAGCUAGUUGCUGCAAGAGGGGUCAGGUAUUUGCCGAAACAAUGGUGCGUGAUGUCAACUCAAGCAAAUGUUCAAGACCCUACUGCUUUUUCUGAAAGCAUGAGCAAAGCAUGCACAUAUGCUGAUUGCACACCUCUCUCUCCCGGAGGAUCUUGCAGUGGAUUAGACAUAAGAGGCAAUGCUUCGUAUGCUUUCAACAUGUACUAUCAGACCAUGGAUCAACGCAAAGGUUCAUGCAAUUUCAAUGGUCUCUCUGUCAUCACUAACAUCAACCCUUCACCCCCUCAAAGUUCUUGUCAGUUCAAGAUCAUGAUCGAUCUGGGGAAGCAUGAAAAGAAGUCCACUACUCCUUCCGAUGCACCAAAAAUUAAACUCAACUCAAUGCUCAUGCUCCUGUCAAGCUUCAUUUUCACCAUGUUCUUGCUGCUUCGUGUAUAGGUUUUUUUAUUGCUCUUCUGCAGAGAUUCACCACUUCACGCCACCAAUUUUUUUCUUUAUUCAUUCUGUGUCUGUAUUAUAUCACUUUCGAGUAGAUUUUCAGUCUCGUACAUGAUCAAUGAAUGAAUAAAAUUGA